AUGCGACGCAAAUGGAUCAAUAUUCUGUCGGUGUGGGCCGUGGUCUGCCUGCUGCCUCUGGGCUCCUCUGCAGAACUGACCUGUGAAGUCCUCAUGCUCGCGGGGAACAGCUCCUCUCAAGUCUUGAUGGCAAACUGGAACAUUACCCUGCCCAAUGUUUCGAGUACGUGGAGAGGCUCUGGACCCUACUGCGAGAUCUCCAUCGAUGGCAUCGGCACCUGCUGGCCCCGCAGCGGCGUGGGGCAGAUGGUGGCAAGACCCUGCCCAGAGAUGUUCUUCGGGGUCCGGUACAACACUACAAAUAACGUGUACAGGAAGUGUCUGGCGAACGGGACCUGGGCCUCCAAAGGGAACUACUCCAUGUGUAAGGCCAUCCUUCACGAGGAGAAAAAAGGCAAGAUGCACUACCAGAUAGCAGUGAUUAUCAACUUCCUGGGGCACUGCAUCUCCAUGGUGGCCCUGCUCAUCGCCUUCUUCCUGUUCCUGUGCUUGAGGAGCAUUCGCUGCCUGAGAAACAUCAUCCACUGGAACCUCAUCACCGCCUUUAUCUUGAGGAACGCAACCUGGUUCAUUAUGCAGCUGACGAUGAGUCCCGAGGUGCACGAAAGCAACGUGAUCUGGUGCCGCAUGGUCAUUGCCUGCUUCAAUUAUUUCCACUCCACUAAUUUCUUUUGGAUGUUCGGUGAAGGCUGCUACCUCCACACCGCCAUUGUCCUGACCUACUCCACGGACAAGCUGCGCAAGUGGAUGUUCAUCUGCAUCGGCUGGUGUAUCCCGUUCCCGAUCAUCGUGGCCUGGGCCAUUGGGAAGCUCUACUACGAUAAUGAAAAGUGUUGGUUUGGGAAGCGUCCCGGCGUCUACACAGACUACAUCUACCAGGGCCCGAUGAUCCUCGUCUUGGUGAUCAAUUUUAUUUUCCUCUUCAACAUUGUGCGGAUCUUGAUGACCAAACUGCGGGCCUCCACCACGUCCGAAACCAUCCAAUACAGGAAAGCUGUGAAGGCGACGCUGGUGCUGCUGCCGCUGCUGGGAAUCACAUACAUGCUGUUCUUCGUCAAUCCAGGGGAGGACGAGAUCUCACAAAGUGUAUUCAUAUAUUUCAACUCAUUUCUGGAGUCCUUUCAGGGCUUCUUUGUGUCAGUAUUUUACUGCUUCCUAAAUAGUGAGGUGCGGUCAGCCGUGAGGAAGCGUUUCCACCGGUGGCAGGAGCAGCACUCGAUCCGGGCCAGGAUGACACAGGCCAUGUCCAUCCCCACGUCACCUUCACGGGGGAUUGUUGCCGAAAUUCCCUCGGAUAGUGCAACCUCGUCACGUGGCUGUCCUCUGGCGGGGCAGUAA